AUGCUAGUCAAGAAUACCAAUAAGGCCCUCCCCCUUAAGGUUUCUAAGCUUCUUUCAAUCUAUGGAUAUGAUGCUGUAGUUUCUAAAACUAUAUUUCUAGAGCUAGGUUUCCUUACUGGAUGGAAUGUUGGGGAAGGUGGCGCUGGUGUUGUGGCAUUUUCAUACUUCGAUGCACCCUUUGAUGCAUUACAACGUCGGGUAUAUAAAGAUUGA